AUCGAGGACAAAUCUGGCAACAAUCUGAAACGCCCGCACUUGCAAUUGUUUUCUUUUUCGCAAUAAUUGCAAGCGGACAAUAUUUCACUAUGAACAAAGACAACUCCAGCAUGAAAAUGGAUCCCCAGCUAUCCCUGCGCCUGCUGGCUGAAGGCGGAGUCCUGGUCAUCGCCGGUGUACCCGAGGGCACGGAAUUUGGCAUUGAUCUGUGUGCAUACACCAUUGGUUCGGAUUUCCGAGGUGUCAAGAUGAUCCCACCCGGAGUCCACUAUGUAUGGUGCUCCUCCCGAGGUCCUUACGGCGAUGCAGCUCCUCGUGUCGGAUUCGUGCACUUCUUUCAUCCGAAUGAGAUUGUCGUAAGAGAGUGGGACCACGAACUGGAGGAACUGCGCCCUCGGAGGAUUGCCGAACCGGAAGUGGAGCGAGACCGAAUCCGCAAAAACCUGGCCCAACUGGAGCGUGUGCUGGCGCCGUACGACUAUCGUUAUGUGGUUCAGUGGAAGGAACUCACCGGCAGCGUGACGGAAUCAUGCGUGAAUCGCUGUCGUCCCUCAGAAGGAACCAUCCGCACGAACAUCACACUGCAAUCCUGUCCGGACGCAGAUCGGCCGCGCGGAGGAGCCGCUACUGGCAGUAUCAGCCGCCGGAAUGCUGCAGCUCGGCUUCUCUUAGAUGAGAGCGAACUUCUGCCGGACCUAAAACCCGUGGAAGGGACAGCUCCGCGCUUCAGUACCGUACCCCUGCGUGUUCCUCACGAUGCCCAGCCCGCUGAAGUUUCUCGCCACGCCUUGGAUUGCAUAAAUGCUGUUCACAAACUGCUCGAAGGCUUCGAAACCGAUGACGGACUCAUUGAGGAACUUCAGCUGGCCUACGCAUUUUUCCUCGUGGGCUAUUCUGUGGAGUCGCUGGCCCACUGGCGCAAGCUUCUGGGCUUGCUUGCUCACUCGCAAACGGCGGUCACAAAGCAUAAGUUAACGUACAUGAAGUACAGCGAGGUUUUGGCCCACCAACUGCCCCAUUUGCCCGAGGAGCUGAUGGUGCCUGGUCCGCAUAACACCGUCUACAAAGAUGUACGCGAACUGCUGGUCAAUCUGCAUGCUGGCGGUUUAAGUGUCAGCGCUGAACGGCUAACGAAGCGGCUAGAGAAAAAGUUGGGAUGGGAAUUUGAGGGCCUGCUGGACGAAGACCCAGAGGACCAGCCUGUAGUUAUCGAACUCCCGGAGGCCUAGGAAAAAAGCGCUAUGCUUUCGAAAUGUAAUUCAUAUACAUAUUUGUAAUACAAUGGACUGAAUCUGA